GGUACAGGAGCCAAUCACGAGGAAGAUCUCAGCAGAGCUCCUGGGAAGAGGAGAUCAAUCCAGCCUUUCUCAGGAGCUGCUUUUCAGAAGGAUUCAACUUGGGCCACCUUGCCAGGGAUACAGUCCCUUUGAGGAGGUGGUUUUGAACUUCACAGAGGAGGAGUGGAAUCUGCUGGAUUCUGGCCAGAAGGCCUUAUGUAGGGAGGUCAUCAAGGAGAUUUCUACGGAUAUGGCAGCUUUGGCCGAUAAUGGGCAGGACAAAGAGAAUGACAAGAAAGCUAGGUUGAAGCCACUUGAAACAGAGAUGCAUGAUAUACAGGAAGUAAUGUUUGGCCAUCAAGGGGACAUAAAAAGGCAAGAGAGAAACCACACAGAAGGAGGGAUGAGCUCAUCCACUUUGCUUCCUAUUGGAAUCCAUGGCUUCCUGUCCCAGCAAGUUGAAAAAGUAAAGAGAAAGGGACAAUACAAGAAAAAAGAGAAAAAUCCAAAUACAUAUGACUAUGAGAGAAACCAGACUAAAGGAAAACUCUAUGAGUCUCAACAGUAUGGAAAAUAUGUCAAAAAUUCCUUUGCCCUUACUUUACUUAAGAAAGUCUAUAAGAAAAACAAACCACAAACCUCUAUAAAAUCUGGCAGGGGUUCCAGUCGGAGCAGAGAGAUGAUACUGAGCUUGAAGUGUGGAAAGAAUAUUGGUAGCAAGAGUAAACUUAAUCUCCACCAGAGAAUACCCACUGGGGAGAGACCAUAUAAAUGUCUACAGUGUGGAAAAAGCUUUACUCGGAAAAGAUAUCUUAAUUACCAUAAGAGGAUCCACAUAGGUGAUAGACCUUAUAAAUGCCUGGAGUGUGGGAAGAGCUAUACUCAGAAAGGAGAUCUUAAUUCUCAUAAAAAGGCCCACACAGGAGAAAGACCAUAUAAAUGCACAGAGUGUGGAAAGAGCUUUGUUUACAAUAGAAACUUUAUUUUUCAUCAAAGGAUCCACACAGGAAAGAGACCGUACAAAUGCCUGGAAUGUGGGAAGAGUUUUUUUAGCAAAACAUGCCUUACUCGGCACCAAAGGAUACACACUGGGGAGAAACCACAUAAAUGCUUGGAGUGUGGAAAGAGCUUUACUCAGAAAGGACAUCUUAAUGCUCAUAAAACAUUACACACUGGGAACAAACCACAUAAAUGCCUGAAGUGUGAAAAGAGCUUUACUCGAAAAGAAAGUCUUAAUUCUCACGAAAGGAAUCACACUGGGGAGAGACCGUAUAAAUGUCUGGAAUGUGGAAAGAGCUUUACCCAGAAAGGACAUCUUAAUUCUCAUGAAAAGAUCCACACAGGAGAGAGACCAUAUAGGUGCCUGGAAUGUGGAAAGAACUUCAGUGACAAAAGUAGACUUAAUCGCCACCAAAGGAUCCACACAGUGGAUAAUCCAUAUAAAUGCCUGGAGUGUGGAAAGAAUUUCAAUAGCAAGAGUAAGCUUAGUGUCCACCAAAGGAUCCACACUGGGGAGGAACCACAUAAAUGCUUGGAAUGUGGAAAGAACUUCAGUGACACAAGUACUCUUAAUCGCCACCAAAAGAUCCACACACUGGAUAACCCAUAUAAAUGCUUGGAGUGUGGAAAGUGUUUCAAUAUGAAGUAUAAGCUUAGCCUCCACCAAAGCAUCCACACUGGGGAGAAACCACAUAAAUGCCUGGUGUGUGGAAAGGGCUUUACGCAGAAAGGACAUCUUAAUUCACAUGAAAAGAUCCACACAGGAGAGAAACCAUAUAGAUGCCUAGAAUGUGGAAAGAAUUUCAAUAGCAAGAGUAAGCUUAGUGUCCACCAAAGGAUCCACACUGGGGAGAAACCACAUAAAUGCUUGGAGUGUGGAAAAAACUUCAAUGACAAAAGUAGUCUUAAUUGCCACCAAAGGAUCCAUACAGUGGAUAACCCAUUUAAAUGCCUGGAAUGUGGAAAGAAUUUCAAUAGCAAGAGUAACCUUAGUAUCCACCAAAGGAUCCACACUGGGGAGAAACCACAUAAAUGUCUGAAGUGUGGAAAGAGCUUUACUCAGAAAGGACAUCUUAAGGCUCAUAAAAUGUUACACACUGGGGAGAAACCACAUAAGUGCAUGAAGUGUGGAAAGAGCUUUACUCGAAAGGAAAAUCUUAAUUCUCACAAAAGGAUCCACACAGGAGAGAAACCAUAUAAAUGCCUGGAAUGUGGAAAGUCCUUUUCUCGGAAGGGACAUCUUAAGUCUCAUAAAAGGAUCAACACUGGGGAGAGAACAUAUAUGUCUAUGGAAUGUGAAAAAAAAUGAUUACAACAUAUUUAUUUGUCACAGAGGCAUCCACACAGGAAAACGAUGGAGAUGCAUGAAAAGUGGAACAACUUUCACUGAAAAUAAUGUACUUACUUUUCAUAAAACAAUCCACAUAGGAAAAACCAAAUGAA